AUGUACCAUGAUCAUCAGCGCCUCCCCAGCACUACACAUAUGUAUGUCCUAGAUGUCUUGAGAAAUCCUCAACCUUUAUACCUGGCAGGCAAUUGCCCAUGCAGUUCUAGUCUGUCAGGAAACGGUUCAUUUUUCCAAGCUGUGAAUGACUAUGGAGUAUUCCAAACAGACAUAACAACAUACAGCAUUGAGGAGCUGGUAGCAGUUACAUCUGAAUGCACCCCAAAAAACACAAUAGUGCAUCUCUGUGAGCAAGCAGCCUCCAUUCUGAACUGUAAGAAGAAAUUUUUGGCCUCCUCCCAGUUUGUGGAGCUGCUGGUCCCUCAAGAUAUCAGUGUGUUCUACACACACACUAUCCAGUCCCACCUCCCACUCUGGAACAUGGAAACGCAAGCAGCAUCCAUCAGUACCAUUGAUCAGGAAAGGAAGAAUGACCUUGGGGAAAAAGAGGAUUUCAGAGCAGUUCCUUUGUUGGGUUACCUUCCUCAGGAUUUGAUUGGAACAUCCAUCUUGAUGUAUUUGCACCCAGAAGAUCACCCCCUUGUGGUUACCAUUCAGCGUAAGAUCCUGAAGUUUGCAGGCCAGCCUUCAUUUGAGCAUUCGCCCAUCAGAUUUUGUACUCAGAAUGGAGAUGUUAUGUUGGAUACCAGCUGGUGCAGCUUUGUGAACCCCUGGAGCAGGAAAGUCGUGUUCAUCAUUGGCCGGCACAAAGUCCGAACGAGCCCUCUGAAUAAAGAUGUUUUUGCUGCAAGAAGCAAAGAGAUGAGCAGUGUCAAUAAAGAGAUAAGAGAAUUUUAAGGACAAAUAUACAAGCUUCUCCUGCAGCCAGUUCAUAGCAAUGAUUCUAGUGGUUAUGGAAGACUUGGUAGCAAUGGGUCUUACGAACAUUACAUCAGCAUAGCGUCCUCUAGUGACUCCAGUGGGAAUUGUGCUGAGGAAAUACAGCAGAACUAGUAAGUCUAUCAAUAUGACAUUGCCCAGAUGACAUUGCAGCAGGUCUGUGCCAAUGUGAACUGAAUAAAGAAUCUGGGUCAACAGCUGCAUACUAAAUCACAGAGCAAACUGCAGAACAGAAAGGAUCCAGUCCUAGAUACUGUACUGCAGGGAGGCAACCAGAACACUGCUUCGUAUAUUCUCCAGGCACUGAGAAGUAACAUCACUGAAGGCCCAGAGAGUUCAUCCUGUGAUGAUUCAAGGAAGAUACAACAUGUUCUAGCCUACCAGCAGAUCAGCUGUGAGGACAAAGUGACUGCAAUAGAAGAUGCCACUGUAGAGUAUGAACAAAUUGAGCUGCCUCCUCUGAAUGCUCAGAGUCCCACUGUGGUUCUUGAAUUUAAGCAAGUUGGACUAACAAAGGAGGUUUUGUCAGCCCACACUCUGAAAAAGGAGCAGAACUACAUUGACGGGCUCCACCAGAGGAUAUUGUCAUCUCUGUAUAGGUCCUAUCUCUAUCAAGGGAGCAGAAGCAACAGUGGAUUUUCCUAUGGUCAAGGAGACUCCUCUUCAAAGCAGACCAGCCCAGUUAGCUGUAGAAGAGGCAAAUGUGGGAAACUCAAGUGCCAGAAACCACUAGAGCCCUCAUACAGGCAUUCAUCUAAUAGAAAUGAUCUUCCACACAAGAAGAGAACAGCUUCUGGGAAACAGUUCUGCUCUCCCUCUAAAGCAGUGGUUCCCAAACUUGUUCCACCGCUUGUGUUCUCAGCAGGCAGUCAGUGUGAGUCAGUCUGGAAGAUGAUGGAUUGUACACCUGAGCCUGUACUAAUGACAUAUCAAGUACCUGACAGUUUGCCUGUGUGACCUAAGUGGAGAUCCAGUUCUGAUCUGAAAGGUAGGCAGAGUAUAUUUUGUAGCCAUAUUUGCACACUCUGCAGCU